AUUGAAACACAGCGACGAGCCAAGAUAGAGCUCCCGACAGUACAGUCAAUAACCUUUGUAUAACAUCUGCCAGUCAAUUGAGCUAAAUUUCGACCGGCAAAAUGCCUGUUCCAUUCGAGACCUUGAUUCCCUAUGCCAUCAUCACGGCUAUGUUUGGCAUUUCGGGUGCCGGUAUCUCGACGGUCCGAUGGUACACGAAUGGAGGCAAGAGGCCUAGGAGGUCAAUUGACCAAUGGGAUAGGGUAUGAUGCGCUGCAGUGAUGGACCGAGACCGCAGGCUCACAGGAUUCCUGCGCGGCCAGUCCGACAACCCGAUAGCACCACCAGGCUUCGAAGUGAACAACCCAUGGAGGACCGAGGAGAGAAUGAGUUAAACGCCAGGUACCGUUCAUCAGGACUUUGGAUGGGGAUCGAAUCAUUAGGCGAAGCAGUGGCCCCAGGGCAUACCCCGCGAGAUGGACUACGAAGGCGGUUUGUAGCAGCUACAUACAAAAAGAAUCAAUCUCAACAAUCAGGCGUUUGGCUUUUUAGAAGCCUCUUUUAUGGCUAACUCAAUUCAUAUCACCAACUUGUACCUGUGG